AAGUUUUGAGGUACCUACUUGUAUUGUGGUGUUGGUAUUAUUUUAAUUCAGUAUACCAUAUAUAUGGAAGUCCAUAAUCCAUUUCUUAGUUUCAUUGACGUAUAUGUUAGAGAUAUGUUUUCAGCACUAUCCACUGUAGGCCCUCAGAUUAAUGUGUCUACUAAUAAUGGAUCUUACCACUCAACAAGUCUUUUUCACAUGGUACUUCGUUCGUAUAAUAUAAAAACUUGAGGCUUAUGAGCUGUAAGGCUGAGUGUAUUGGCUCACUAGUACCUUAAUAAUACUGCCGCUAAUUAGCACUGCGUUUGGAUUUACUCCGAACGCGUUAGAAGUCUUUGCUAAUAAAAGAUAUAUUUAGCAACUAGAUGUAUAAGCAAGGACAUUAUUCAACUGACAACUCAUCCGCUGCCUACUAACCUCCAUAGUUGUACAACAUAUGAAUAUAUUCAGAUCUCUGCUUGAAGGUUUGAGAGCUGUGUGUGGUAUCCCUUUUCUAGUGUGCCCCUGCGAUGGUCCUGUCUUUUGUUAAAUCAGUUAAUUAAACGUACAGACACCGAUUCUGGUAGUAAGCUACUGAAGUUGAUUACUUGAAAGUAUAAAAUGAAUAACACAGGCACUUUGUCCAUCCAUGGCUUUUGGAUUCGAUGGUUGUCCUGUUUUUUUCUUAAAUGAACAGAUGCCAGAUCCGAGACGUUUUCUUAGUACUCUGUACACCGUAUGUCGUUGCAAUCUGUUGUAAAGUUCAUUAGUCUAAUCCCUCAGACUAAGGACAUUCAGGAAAGCACAGGUUGUGAUUCUUUGCUCUUUCCUAGGAACCUGAGUCGUACUUCAAACGGAAUUGAAACUCACCAUAAUAGUGUAAAAUGAUAAAUGUAUUGUUAAUCUAACCCAGUGGAAGUUCAUCCAAAUAUCCUCUUUUGUCCUGAGUUUGUGGCUUAAACAGAUGCAGUGAACCGUGGUCUUCAAAUUAUGAAUUACUGUAACCCCUUGGUCCGUAAGUUGUGAACUAAGGUCAAAAUGUCUCUUCAGUUUCGUAAUUCUAUCUGCUUUCGUGUUCAGUGUGCAUGAAAACAGCCUCAUCAACAAACAAUUACAUUUUAUACCACCGAAACAGGCCGUCAAGUUCGACUCGAAGUAUAUAUAUAUAUAAUUUAGUGCUACUUCUCGUCAUAUUUUGACGUCUUCGGUUUAAAGUAUUGUGGGGGACCUGAUUUAUGGAAGUCCGUUAAAAUUAUUUAUUAUACACUAAAAAACACGGAUCUACGCAAAUGGUGUCAAGGUGACUAGUCUUAUUUCGUAAAGAUGACUCAUUUAAAUCAUCAGACAACGACAGAAUUGUUAUUUGAAUUUUUGAGACUACUUUUUGUCCGGUUAGUUUGUUAGCAUUUAUCACUGUAUCUACGUAUUCAUACUCGUUCUUAAUAUUGCCUCGAUUAUGCGGUCUCUUUGACUAUUAACGUGGCUAAGGACUUAGCAGGUGCGUAUAGCUAUUGAUUUAAUUUUUAACACUCGUACUUAGUGUCUGAAGCAAUGAAAGAUACUCCUAGUAUGUGUUUGUCACAUUUGUACAUCGAAACGGAGCAUUACGCCUAACGGUCCUCCGAACAAAUUAGCAGAUAUUUUAGGGUCAUAAUGCGAGUUAAGAAUGGAUGUUUCCUGGCGGCUCAUCGACAAAAUUUGAGUCAACGCGUUGCAGCUUGAAAUGUAAUGCCACCCGGUUGCCUGAACUGAUGCGGGGUGGGGUCCAACCACCACUAUUCCUGUCUUUUUAGGGUAAACGACUUGCCGUAUAUGUCGAUUAUUUUUUUGUCUAUCAUACUCCGGAAUCGGCUGGUUUCAUCUAAUUAUCCAUCACAAUCACUAUUCAGGGUAUCUGUAGUUCUCAAAUGUUGUUUCUAUGGAUGUGAAACUUCCCAAAAGUGAGGAUUGCAACGAUCUUCUGGUCCUAUCAUUUUUCAUUCAACCCUGAAAAUUUCGACCUAUUUCUGAAUAUAAUUUUUCUCCAGUAGGAGUAAUAUUAGAUAACUAUUUACGUAAACACUGGUCACGUCUAUGUAUUUUAUUGCUAAAUGCGAAAUAUAUGUGUGAGUCAAACGGCAACAUAACGCCAGAUCACUAAGUCUUUGCAUUUAGACUGAGGAGUACCGAAAGGUAGGGGUUUUUUACUGAUUGUAAGUCGUCCUGGUUAUAGUAUUAAACAACUGGAGAUCCUCUCUGUCAUGCCUCGAAACGUUUUGUUUUACUGAACUCAGGGUUCAUGUUCUGUAGGUUUCUUAACGAGGUUCUUUGUGCAGUUCUUUAAAACUUGACUAUCACUUUGUUAACUUUCACUAUUCUGAUCUGAAGUGUUACAGUUCGUGUCGAUGCACACUUUCAUCAGGUCGUACGGAAUUUAUCACUAGUCUCCAUACUUUACAGAUAAGACAAUAAAUGUUACCGAAAACAGUUCCAUAGUUUUAGGUCCAUAUUUCUGUUUUUCCGUUAUGUAAAAUAUGGCUGGGUCUAAGUAAAGACGAUGAUCGUUUUACACUCUUAUGUAUAAACAUUCAGUUAUUUGUAACGGGAAAUAUAUCUAAAAACAAAACUUCAUUAAGUGGAUUCUUUUUAGGUUUAUGGAUCCAAACCGCAUUCAACCCAUAAUGCUGCCUCAAGCUGGGUACAUACUACCUCAACCAGGACUCAGCCUUGUCUCUCCUUUGCCUGGCGGUGCUACUGCGUAUGCCCACCAACCAUCAUAUCAAAAGUCAUUAUACUUUCCAUUGUCGUUUACUGGUUAUAAUGACCCUCAAGUUAGUGAAAUGGACUUCUCCAGCUCCCAGGUCCAGAGCACUUCACCUUCCGAUGUGCUGGAAAAAGACUAUCAAAUUGUUACUUAUGAAGAGCUUGAAAAAUUACUCCCAGAACCCAAACCAUCUGGUCGCGUCGAGUUGGGUUUGCUUCCAAAUGGGUGUGCUUAUGCACCCAAAACAGCAAGUCGAGAAAAUUACUUGUUAUUUGCAUCAAAAUAUAGCUAUAUAUUGUAUUUCACUCAUCAUUAUUUUUCUCGAGAAAACUUAUGCCGGGAUCAGACGUUCCUGAAUAUGCUUGUUGAUCGACUAAUUUUGCCAAUCGAAAAGCUUGUCAAAGCUCCUCGCUUAGCAGCUCUAAAUACCACUCAUGAAGAAGUGGAAAAAGCCUUACUUGGCAGUAAGAUUGUUUGUGUUGAAGAUAUGAAUGCGGGAAUGCGUGGUGUUCGCCGCAUUGAUGGCUAUCCUGGUCUGUCUACGAAUCCUGAUACUUUAAUAAAUGUGCAAUCUGAGAGUGGAUUACCGACUUUUACACCGUCUCAGAAUUUAACCUCGUUGAUUGGAUCUUUUUCUCUCCAACCACAAUUGCCUGAUCAACAAAUUACUACCAGUCUUCAAUCCGUAGUUGUGUUGAGAACUGCUGGUUCAGACAAAUUCCAAUCUGAUGGCGUUAUAAGAUCUGGACACAUGAAUUCUGAAACAAGCAAAGAGCUUCUACAAACAAGUACUUUAAUUCAAACCCCGGUAACAACGAAUGUUUGCAUAGCACCUGCGUCUCAUCAAAUGUCCAUUCCAUUAUUGUUACCUCUAUGCGGUAUCGAGAACUGCAGCAAUAUUCAUAUAGAAUGUACCGGCACAGCGGGUCCUUCAGUAGCACCUUGUCGUAAUACUGCUCCUUGGAUAUUUCAACGGCCUACAAAACAGUAUAAUCCAUAUUCUCGUGUUGCACACGUGAUAGUUCCGCAGUCUAUAAAUCAAACGAAUUCUACAAAUUACAAUAAAAACCAACCGCUCGCGUGGGACUUUCAUCAGCGCCCACAUCUCCCAGCUGCGAACAGUACACAUUCAAGUGUAGUACCAAUACGGCGUCAAACGCAUUUGCCAAAUUAUUUCAUUCGUCAGACAGGGAAUGUUAUAGAGUCAUAUCCUGUCCCAUUUUCAAUACCCCAAACAAGUAACACAAAUCAACCUUUCAAUCUAGCUGUAGCAGCUGCUUUAGCAUCUAUGAGUACAAGCACCAGUAAUAGCAUUAAUCCAAACCACUAUGGACAUCAACCGCAGUAUUUCUCCAACCAGUUGUUAACCAACUCUUCAAACAUCAGUCCAACUGGAGCUAACCAACAACGACCAUCAAAUGCACUUUUGAAUCACCUCCAAGCAGUAGCUGCCAUGUCAGCUGUUGCACAACAUUCGAAUGCUACACCUUAUUUUCAGAAUCCUGUAUCUCAAACUAAUCCUUUUCAUAUCCCCACCCCUGUGCCAUUGCCAGUGUACUACACCGCACCACAGUUAUCGUUACAAUCUUCUGGUGCGCGGAACUCUUUACAGCGUUUACAACAAAAUGUGUAUCCGAUGCAAAGCUACGGUUAUCAAACAGUCCAAAACGUCCCAGUAUCUGAGUCAUCGGAUAAUCUAAGGUCAGAUAGUAGAUGUGGCUUAACGGUACCGAAUCUCCCACAACAUACAAAUAACUUGAUUUAUCCUAUACUGUUGCAACCACCCGUGCAUAUACAGCAUAAGUUACCCACACAUAUGAAUGGUACAGGGUGGCAGGUUCACAACCCUGGUCAGUCGAUACGUGGAGCAUUCAAUUCAGUAGGUUUAACGCCUAUACCCAUUAACUUCACAGUCAUUAACACAAAUGGCUCUACAUCGGUAGCCAAUAAUGGGAUGCUCAAAGACUUACCAACGUUUUCAGACACAAAAGAUAAUCUUGAUAACAAUACAGCAGUAGAUAAUAUGGUAAGUGAUGCUGCAAUAAAUGUGUCUCUUGCAUCUGAAAAUCAAUUGGGUAGUGGAUCGUCUGUGUUACCAGGGUUGAUUUCAUCAACUGAAAAUUUUACAUGCGCAGGUAUUAGCGACAAUCAGUCUCAUAAGCUUCCCAAACAAGUUGAAAAAAUGACCUCUCCCGGUUCGGUUCAUGAUUCUGAGGAUUCAGUUAGUUCUGGGAUAGGAGACAUGACUGCCACUAGCACUGGUGAUAAUGACAGUCGUAACAAUUCGUCGUGCACACCAACCGAACCAACUCGUAUUAUUCCGAAAUCUGACUACGUACGAAACAAUUCUUCAACACGAAUUAAAGAAAAACUUACUGGUACAUGAGUCUCCGAAAUGAUGAAAUUCAUAAUUUUGUAUUAUCAUUCACUGAAGCUACAAGUGAUCAUCCAAUAUCAUGCAGUCAUUUGUUCCAAGUAAUUUUACACUGCUAACUGGAUAGACAAGUAAAUGAAACUCAUAAGCAGAACAUAUAUUGUGCUUACCAGUUAUCUUUUUCACCAUUAUAAUUAAAGCGACGGAAAUAGAAACAAAGAACCAUAACUACUGGCCGUUUCAUCCUGCAUAUUCACGAACCACCGUUCCGGUCACAAUUACGCUGUUCAUUUUCAUUACAAAUGCUUUAUUUUAAGUCGGAAAAUACUGUGAUUAGAAUUCGCGUUACGGCCACUCCUAUAUGGUGUUUAAACUGCCUUUUCUUUCAUUUUGAAGAUUUCUUAGUUACUGUUUUUAUUCCACCCUGUUUGUAAAUAUGAUUUAUUUGUCAGUACAUACGUAUCUAUAUACCACCGCUUUACUUCAAGCUUCCUUAAGUGUAAUCAUUUUGCGAGGUAUACUGCACAAUUUACUCUUCCCCAUGCAAAAGAGAAACAAAUUAUCCUACCUCACCAUAUACGUAUAUCCCAGAAAAUCUCCAGAUAAGCGCCUUAGGUCUAGAUUUUCGUAGUUAUAUCCAACUAGGAGUUUAAAGAAUUAGAACUAUACCGAAAUCAAAUUAUUUGUUUUUCAUUGACUUUCUAAUUACAAACAAGCUGAGAUUUUUCCUUAUCCGUGCUCUCCCUGAGACUUAUUAAUUUAAGCUGCUAAAGCACCUUGAUUUUCCAUUAAACUGUUUAUUUUGAGAUAUUUUCUUCCUUAUAGUGUUACCUUGCAAAUUUUAAAAAUAACUCCUUGGUUUCAAAGUUAUGCAAGAUAUUUCAUGAGUGAAUAGAUGUGCAUUUUCUUAUUGCGAAGCAAAUCAUUUGGACGCAUUUUGUGAAGUAUAAAUAAAUGGAAUUUCGAUAG